CUGCUGCAGUUGACCACCUUGGAGAGAUCAGGCACCAAACACCCACCCUCCCCUCCCACAGACUCCAUCAGCAGCUACGAGACGCAGAUAGCAGCCCUGAAACAGGAGCGGCAGCAGCAGCAGCAGGACUCCGAGGAGAAGGAUCGAGAGCUGGGCCACCUCAAACAGCUGCUGGCCCGGGCCCACCCCCUGGACUCCUUGGAGAAGCAAAUGGAAAAGGCCCAUGAAGACUCAGAGAAGCUCCGGGAAAUUGUGUUACCCAUGGAGCAGGAGAUCGCGGAGCUGAAAGUGAAGCUGCUGAGGGCGGAAGAGCUGAUCCAGGAGAUCCAGAGACGACCAAAGCAGCCUGCCUCCCUGCACGGCUCCACGGAGCUGCUUCCACUAUCAAGGAACCCCUCGCCUCCGCUGGAGCCCUCGGAGGAGCCAGGUGGAGAUGCAGGCUCAGCGGCGGAGGCCUUUGCCCACAACUGUGACGACAGUGCCUCCAUCUCUUCCUUCUCCCUCGGAGGGGCGGCCAGUGGUACCUCCCUGCGAGCACAGGGCCUAAGCCCUGAGCAGGAAGAGACGGCUUCUCUGGUGUCCACGGGCACUCUGGUCCCCGAGGGCAUCUACCUACCCCCUCCUGGGUACCAGCUUGUUCCAGAUAGCCAGUGGGAGCAGCUGCAGGUAGAGACAAGUCUGGGUCUCCGUCUGGCAGGGCGGCAGCUGCAGAAGGACCUGGAAAGUGUCAGCCGUGAGCGGGAUGAGCUGCAGGAGGGGCUGAGGCGGAGCAAUGAGGACUGUGCCAAGCAAGUAAAUGCAGUGCUCCUGGCCCAGGUCCAGAACUCAGAGCAACUGCUUCGGACUCUGCAAGGGACCGUGAGCCAGGCCCAAGAACGCGUGCAGCUGCAGAUGGCAGAGCUGGCCACUUCUCAUAAGUGCCUGCACCUUGAGGUUAAGAGACUGAAUGAAGAAAACCAAGGGCUCCGGGCUGAGCAGCUACCCUCUCCGCCUCCAGGGCCCGAGCCGUGGAGAAUGAGGCGAGCUCUGCCCAACUCCAUCCAGGAGCUCCAUCUGCUGGUGCGGCACACCCAGCAACACGCGGCCAGGCAACAGGCGCAGGAGCAUGAGGCUGAGCGCUGCCGCAUUGAAAUCGUGAAGCUGCGCGAGGCGCUGGAGAAAACAGCGGCCAGGGCCAGCCUGGAGGACAGCUGAGGUGUGCAACGAGAAGAGACAGAUGUGCUCGAGGCCUCCCUGUGUAGCCUGAGGAUGGAGACAGAGCGGGUCCAGCAAGAGCAGUGCAAAGCCCAACUCACAGACCUCCUCUCGGAACAGACCAAGACACUGCGGCUGCGCGAGCUGGAGACCAUUGAGCAGGUGCAGAGGGACUUCGUCCGGCUGUCCCAGGCCACACAGGUACGCCUGGAGCGGAUUCGCCAAGCAGAGACUCUGGAGCAGGUGCGUAGCAUCCUGGAUGAGGCACCCCUCAGGGACAUCAAGGACAUCAAGGACUCCUGA